AUGCCCACCACUACUUUGCCAUCUAGCUUCAUACUUGAUAAAUCAGCAACGUCUGAUGUAUCCACAGUCACGCCUUCAUUAUCCAACCUACAUUUAGCGACAGAUAUACACAAUUUUGCCAAUGGCGGAGAUUCAGUACAAACUGUGAGUACAGGCUCAGCAACAGGUGCAGCAUCAAAAUCACCCAAUUCAGACUCAUCGUCUUCCGUCACCGGCUUGGUUUACGCUAGCGAAUCGUCAGAGUUGGCUGGCGCUACUGGUUCCUUUGCUGCUAGUUCCGAUGUGAAAACAUUGAGCAUAUCAUCAUCUAGUUCUACAAAAAGUGGGUCUUCUUCAUCCACAUCUUCUGGUGGAUCUCUUGACUCCACUAGCUCUAACGGUGUUGGAAGCAUUGGUGGGUCAAUGAAGGGCGGUAGGUACUUACUUUUGUUUUCAGUGUUUACCGUUGCAUCGAUGGUUGUUUCACUUUGA